AUGGCAAUGCAAAUGCAAUCUGGGAAUGCGGUGGCAUCGGAGAAAAUGCACCAGGGCGGCGGCGGCGGCGGCGGAGGUGGAGGUGAGGGUUUGCCGCAGCAACAACAACAAGGGAGAGGGCAGCAGCAAUGGUGGCCUAAUCAUCAACCAACACAGUCUUUGGUUCAACUGGAUGAGUUUUCGACAUGGUUAAGAGGGGAAUUCGCGGCUGCCAACGCCAUGAUUGAUGCAUUGUGUCAUCAUCUGAGGAUGUUGGGUGAACCAGGGGAAUACGACGGAGUGAUUGGGAGCAUACAGCAAAGGAGGUGUACUUGGAACCAUGUGUUGCAUAUGCAACAGUAUAUGUCUGUGAAUGAUGUGGUUUAUGCGUUGCAGCAAGUGGGUUUUAGGAAGAACCAGCAUCAUCAGCAGCAGCAGAGGGUUUUUGAAGGGACUGGGAAAGCAGGGAAGGAGUAUAGCCAUAGAAGGGGUGGCGGAGGAGGUAGAGGAGGGCACAAGUGGGACGGUGGUUUUAGAGAUGGUAAAGAGGGACAUCAUCACGGCCAGAAUUUUGGAAAUUCGGACGGUGUCCCACAUCUUAAGGAAAUGAAUGAGGGUCAAAAUUUGGAAAAUGGUGAAGGAAAGAUUAAAAAUGGUAAGGUGGAGGAGAUUAAAGAGUCGGCGGUGAAACCUGAAGUGGACAGUUCAGUUGAAAGCACAGUAUGCAGAGAUGCAGCCUCCACAGGUGAGAUGGUCUUCAUGACUGACACUCAUUCUGGAGGCAUAGCACAUAAGAAGGAGAAUUACACAGUGAUUCCAAAAACGUUUGUAGCCGAUCGGAUUGUUGAAGGGAGAACAGUUAAUGAAGUUGAUGGACUGAAACUAUUUGAAGAACUUUUGGAUCGUUCAGAAGUUUCAAAGCUUGUUACACUUGUGAAUGAGUUAAGAAAUGCUGGGAAAAAAGGGCAGCUUCAGGGAAAAACAUUUAUGGCCUUUAAGAGACCCAUGAAAGGGCAUGGGAGAGAGAUGAUUCAGUUUGGUCUGCCCAUUGCUGAUGCACCACUAGAGGUUGAAGUUACAGCUGGAACCUCUAGAGGCAUGUUGGCGAUGAUUUUGGUUUUUUAUUGGAAAAUUGAACCCAUUCCUAGCUUGUUUGAAGAUGUUAUUGAACGUUUAGUUACUCUGGAAAUUGUAUCUGAGAAGCCAGACUGUUGCAUGAUUGACUUCUUCAAUAUGGGUGAUCAUUCGCUUCCUCAGCCGUUCCCUAAUUGGUAUGGAAGGCCUGUCUGCGUGCUUUUUCUGACGGAAUGUGAUAUGACAUUUGGCAAGGUGAUUGUGGUGGAGCGUCCAGGUGAUUUCAUAGGAUCACUGAAACUUUCUCUCAUGCCAGGAUCCAUGCUUGCACUGGAAGGAAGAUCAUGUAGUUUUGCGAAACAUGCUAUUCCAUCUACCAGCAACCAGCGAAUACUUGUUACCUUUGUGAAGUCGAUGCCCAAGAAGGUUACAUCCGGUGAUGCUCAACAUUUUCCUUUCGCUGCUCCACAACUUCCCUCCUGGGUGCCACCCCCAAGCAGGUCGCCGAAUCAUAUUCGUCACCCAGGGCCAAAGCAUUAUGGCUCUGUGCCCACAAGUGGAGUAUUACCUGCCUCGAGUGCUCGCCCAACACUACCAUCUCCUAAUGGUAUCCAAACAAUUUUUGUCCCUGCUGCAGUUGCCCCAGCCAUGCCUUUUCCGGUGCCAGUUCCUCUACCGCCUGCCUCUACUGGAUGGCCAGCAGCUCCUCCAAGGCAUAGUGCACCUCGCUUGCCAGUCCCUGGCACUGGAGUUUUCCUCCCUGGCACUGGAAACUCAGCAAAUCAAUCUUCGACAAUCAGCUCUACGAACGAUAAUCCUAUUGUGGAGGCACGACCAGGUCAAGAGAAUCAGGAGGUGAAUCCAGAGGUUAAAAGUCCUUCCUCCAAAGGUACAAAUGAUGAGAAAGCGGGACAUCAAGAAUGCAAUGGCACCAUAGAUGGAAGUAACGGUCUGACAGCAACAGAAGAACACCCUCAAAGGGAUGAUAUUAAGGACACCGAAGAACCGACUGGAGCGGGUUUGAGUUAG